AUAACCCAAACUAGACCCUUUCAGCAGGACACAAUCUCCAGUUUGUAGCUUCUCUCUGUUUCUUCAAGGGAUUAAAACCACUGCAGUCAUGGCUUCCUCCAGCGGUGUCCUGAGUGAAGAUCAGCUCCAGUGCUUCAUCUGUCUGGAUGUGUUCACUGAUCCAGUCACGACUCCAUGUGGACACAACUUCUGUAUGAUCUGUCUCACAGAGUUCUGGGACAGCAGUUCACACUGUCGGUGUCCGGUGUGUAAAGAGGAAUUCCCUAAACGACCUCAACUAUGUGUGAAUACGUUCAUCUCUGAACUUGCUGCUCCAUUUAAGAAGGCAGUUCAGAAAAACACAGAGAAGGAGAAAGCAGACACUGUGAAGGUCUUCAGUGCUCUGAUGCGCUGCAUUGAGAGAAGUCAUACUGAGCUGCUUAAGGUGAUGGAGGAGAAGCAGAAAGCAGCAGAGAUGCAGGCUGAAGAGUUCAUUAAAGAGCUGGAGCAGGAAAUCACUGAGCUAAAGAGGAGAAACACUGAGCUGGAGCAGAUCUCACACACUGAGGAUCACCUCCACCUCCUACAGAUUUACCCGUCAUUGUGCAGCCCUCCACACACCCAGGACUGGACUGACGUCACAAUUAACUCUCAUCUGAGUGUGGAGACUCUGAGGAGAGCUCUGUCUCAGCUUCAGGAAACUCUCAGUGAGGAAAUGGAGAAGGUUCCAGAGAUUAACCUGAAGAGAAUUCAACAAUAUGCAGUGGAUGUGACUCUGGAUCCUGAUACAGCGAAUCCUUCUCUCAUCCUGUCUGAUGAUGGGAAACAAGUUACAUGUGGAGACAAGAGACAGAAUCUCCCUGAUAACCCAGAGAGGUUUGAUCGUUGUGUCUGUGUGCUGGGAAAGGAGGGAUUCUCCUCAGGGAGAUUUUACUAUGAGGUGCAGGUCAGAGGGAAGACUAAGUGGACUUUAGGAGUGGCCAGAGAGUCCAUUAACAGGAAAGGGGAGAUUACAGCCAGUCCUGAAGAUGGAUACUGGAGUGUGUGGCUGAGGAAUGAGACUGAAUAUAGAGCUUGUGAUUCUCCCUCUGUCUCCCUCUCCUUGAAACGGGCUCCUCAGAAGGUGGGGGUGUUUGUGGAUUAUGAGGAGGGUCUGAUCUCCUUCUAUGAUGUUGAUGCAAAAUCUCACAUCUACUCUUUCACUGGUCAGAAUUUCACUGAGAAACUUUAUCUGUACUUCUGUCCCUGUCCCAAUGAUGGAGGUAAAAAUUCAGCACCACUGAUCAUCUGCCCUGUUCAUCAGAUCUAAUCAUCACUUUUAUUACCUCGCCUGGGACGGAUUCCUCCAGGGGGCGAUGUAUCGUUUUCGGUCGUGUUUCUUUUGUUUUUUUUGUUCACAAUAUUAUGGGAAAAUGGCUGGAUCAAUCUUCAUGAAACUUUCUGGAUAGAUGGACACUGGUUUCAAAUAGAACCUCCACCAUUUUGAGGGUCAUCUGGUCAAGGUCACCAAAAAGGUCAAAAUUGUUUUUGUUGUGUCUCCUGCCUCAUAUAGAGGCGCUAGCCACUACGCCAUCGUGUUGUAAGAAUGUGAGUGUAAUAGUUGCGCACUGUACUGUACAUGCGCAUACACGUGUUCCUAUUAAAAUGGCCGGUGAGUGUAUACAAUUCGGUUCACCAUUCAGAAUAAAUGGAUGUGACUAAAGAAAUUGCUUUCAGACAUGUUUAUGCUUAUUACAGAGGGAAAGUGUGUUACACUGAGCUCUAGCUCAUAAGAGUUUGGGUCAUGGUGACAGCGUGUGUAUGUCAGCCUCGGUUCAGAGGUUUCAGUUUUGAAAACUGUAAGAGGUAAGAGUAGAAUAAUAUAAAGUACAGACACUUGGAAUAUUUUACUUCUGUGAUUUUUAAAUUGUUCAUUUUUGGAUUACGCUUCAUUUUUGUGGCUACUGAUUCACAGAGUAAAUAUAUUGCUGUAUUUACUGUAUGGACAUGGGAUCAGAAAACUGUUUUAUUUAUAAGCAGGAGCCACAUGGACCCAUAGGGGACCUUUAUUUUUUCAUGAUAUCUUCCUUCAUAUUUAUCAUAAAUGCUACCGGGUGAGGUUUGUUUUGCCUGGCAACACUUGUUUUAUUUUAGUGUUCAUGCUGUCUUGCAUCACAUGGAGUUGUUCCAAGCUUUAAAUGCUCUUACAUCUCAUCAUUUUAAAUGGUCUAUAUUUUGCUGUCUUUUUCCUGUCAAAAUAUUAUGUUGGGCGUCAUAGCAGGUCAUUCAUUUUAUUUCUGAAAUCUUCCUAUUGCAUGUUUUUGAAAAUUAUCUCAUGGUCUAAAGGAGACAGUCUUGAAAAUCAUGGCAGUGUUAAUCAUGGACACAAAGACACAAAUCAUACCCAUAGAUACAGUAUAAUAUGGAGUUAAUCUUUCUCAAAGGAUAUGGAAUGAAAAUAUGUUUUGAUUUUUGAAAAAUGCUAACAGAAGCAUGAAUCAUUCUCUUAGCAUUAAUAGUUCUCUCUGUAAAUGUAAUAAUCGGUUGUUUGCUGUGGGAUAAAACACUUCUGAACAUGUUCUUAUUGGAAAAUAAACUUCAGGGUGGUAACAGUGACUCCGCUUCAUGAUAUCAGCUCAACACCAAGUGUUUUAUUCCCUGCUUAGAUCAUUAAAGCAGAUAUAAUGUUUUAUGAUGUUUUAAAUUGAGA